UUUAUUAUUUCUUCUUCUCUAAGCAUAGUCUUCUUUUUCUUUUUCUUUCUCUUCUAGGACCCAUUCCUAAACUCGUAUACUUGGUAUCUGCAGCUGUCUGUUUCGCGAUAGUUAUUUCAACUUGUUUUAUAUGCUGCUUUUAUGGUAUAAAUAGAAGGAGACAUAAGAGAAGACAAGAAAGUCGUCAAAUCGAGAACGCCGCCGUACCAACCGACUGUUCAUCUCGACGCGCUAGGCAUGAAGGAAAUGAAAACAUCUAUUCCGCUGUGAGACCCGGUCUUCAUCGUCCCGUUGAAUCCACCAACAUAACCAAUGGGUGUACUGCUUCUGGGUUAGAUCUUUCGUCCGAGGACACAUAUGAUCACACAGAUUCGUCUGGGCGUAUCCAGAGCAGUAGGAACCGCCACCAACGUGACCAAGGAUGGCAGUCACUGCCUCGCAAUCUUCUAUCCGGCUCUAGAGGUUCACAACGAGAUCCAUCAGACACGCAGAAGGUUACAGAAGCGAGUGAAGGUUGGCAAAGAGGUAACAGGGGGUUUGGUUGCUCAACGAGUAAACACGGCGCGACUGGUAGCUGUCGAGAGGUAAUGACUUUGGGACGACCCUGGAGUAAUCAGAAAAGCACUCGUGCUAACUGCAUGAGGGGAAUCCAGAAAUGGUCGCCGGAGGCUUCAACCGGUGUUGUAGAUGGUGGAAGCCACAUUGGCAGAGGUACACCGAGAAACGCGGCGUUGAAGGUAGAACUGGUAGAAGGUCAACGAAACGAUGCGUCUCAUCAGAGUAGUUUGGAAUUGUCAGCCAUUGCUUGUAAGAAAAGGGGAAUGUUAGCACUUCCUUGUAACAGAGACACUUUCGAAAACACACAGUCUGGGAGAAACGGGAAAUACGUUUCCCGAACUGACGACGGACGUCGACACGUAAACCCUAGAGUCGAGAAGCUAGGUGAUAGUGACAAGGACAUGCCUGGUAGCUAUUACCAUACACUAGAGUCCGAGCAUGAAAAAGAGAUACAGAUGGACAAGGAUCGAGGAGAACCGCCCUCCAGCUCGCAAUACUUUGUCAAAGAGCCAACUGACUACUCUGAGGAACCAUCGGAAGUCUUAACCAUCGGUAGCAAUGAUCGCAAAUACCUGGAAGACACUUCUGCCUGCUCAAUGUAUUCUGAGCCCCAGUAUGAUUAUGCAGCACUUCCGGAACAAAGUAGCCUAAGAUUCUUACUUCAAACAAGUGAUUCUCAGCAUAAUAACCAUGACAAAGAGGAGGUGAAACGUACGUUACCGUGACUCUAUGACUGACUGCUUUGUGUAGAGUCCCUCUUAGAUAUCCAGUUUUAUCUAUUUCAGGUAAACCUAUAAAUUAUCACAUGCUAUUUUAUGAUGUUUUUCGUAAAGGAACUUGAUAAGAACGCU